GGCGCAGGAACCCCGGAAGUGAGACCACCGCCACCUGUGACCCGACAGGUGUUUGCUUCCGCCCUGAUGGCAGGUGAAGACUUUCAGAGGCUCCCGCUCGCCGGCCCCCCGUAGCAUCCCCCCUGCUGAGCCAAACUUGGUGUUGCACCUUGAGAGGAACUUGUCGGGCUUGCAGGAUGAGCGCGUACACGGUGUCGUUGCCCGGGCCCGGACCUUGGGGGUUCCGUCUGCAGGGCGGCAAGGACUUCAACAUGCCGCUGACCAUCUCCAGGAUCUCGCCGGGCAGCAAGGCGGCGCUCGCCAACCUGGUCCAGGGCGACGCCAUCGUGGCCAUUGAUGGCGUCAGCACGGAGGGCAUGACUCACCUGGAGGCCCAGAACAAGAUCAAGAUGGCCACCUACAACCUGGCGCUCACCAUGUCCAAGUUCAAGCGUCCUGUCGUCAUGCCGACCCCGAGGAUGGACAUCAGCUUUCCCAUGAUCCCUCACCAGCAGGUGUUCACCCCCGCUGCUCCCAACGUCGGCUUCAACGCCAGCGGGCCGAAGGAAACCUCGGUGUCCACCACCCACAAGCACAUCGAGGUGAAGGGCCCCGGCGGCAAGGCCACCAUCAUCCAUGCCCAGUACAACACGCCCAUAAGCAUGUACUCGCAAGACGCCAUCAUGGACGUCAUCGCGGGCCAGACCAUGACCAAGGGCCACGACGCUGGCCCAGAGCCGUUCAAAGAGCGGCUGGUAGACAGCGCCUCGCCGGUCUACCAGGCGGUCCAAAGUGCGGGCAAGGUCCAGGAUGAGGGCGAGUGGGGUCAGCGGAGCAGCAACGUGCAGUCCAAGUCCUUCCAGGUCUUGGCCCACAUGACGGGAACCGACUCUUUAACCGAGGAGGAGGAGGAGCUUAGGAGGAGCAGCAUGAAGCGCCAAUCUGCUGCUGGCGUGAGUGUCCAGCACCGUGCUGCCGUGUCCAGCCAGUUCGGUCAGCCCCCCGCCGGGCCUCCUUCCCAGCAGGCCCCGCCCCCUCAGCAGUACCAGCAACCUCCUUCCCAGCAGGCCCCGCCCCCUCAGCAGUACCAGCAACCUCCUUCCCAGCAGGCCCCGCCCCCUCAGCAGUACCAGCCACCUCCUUCCCAGCCGGCCCCGCCCACUCAGCACUAUCAACAGGCCCCGCCCACCCAGCAGAGCUCCAUCCAGAUACCGGUGGGCUCCGCCCCUCCCAAGGUGGUCAGCACCGCCUGCAUCUACCCCUCCCAGCCAGCUCAGGCCCCGCCCCCGCCGCGGCCUCACCCCGCCGCUGCGCCCGCGCCUCAGGGUGGCGGCGCCGCCUCCAACCGCCCCCCCUGGGUGACCGACACCUCCUUCGCGGACAAGUUUGACCCCGGAAAGACCACCACCACCGUCGUCAAGGCGCCGCCGCUGCCUCAGGGCGCGCCUCCUCCGCCGGCGUACAUCCCCAACCCUUCCCCGGCCGCCAUGAGCCCCGCCCCAGCCCCCGCCUAUGUCGCUCCCAACCCCGCCCCCUUCCCGCCGGUGGCCAGAGGCGUGGCGCAAAGGGCGGAGAGGUUCGCCGCCAGCAGCCGCACGGCGCUCUGCGGCGCCUGCAACAGCGUCAUCCGGGGUCCCUUCCUGGUGGCGCUGGGCCGCUCGUGGCAUCCCGAGGAGUUCAACUGCCAUUACUGCAACGUGUCGCUGGCGGACGUCAGCUUCGUGGAGGAGCAGAACAACGUCUACUGUGAGAAAUGCUACGAGGAGUUCUUCGCCCCCACCUGCGCUCGCUGCACCACCAAGGUCAUGGGGGAGGUGAUGCACGCUCUGAGGCAGACGUGGCACACCACAUGUUUCGUGUGCGCCGCCUGUGGAAAACCUUUUGGCAACAGCCUCUUCCACAUGGAGGAUGGAGAACCUUACUGCGAGAAAGAUUACGUGGCACUCUUCAGCACCAAAUGUCACGGCUGUGACUUCCCGGUGGAAGCUGGAGAUAAAUUCAUCGAAGCUUUGGGUCACACCUGGCAUGACACCUGCUUCGUGUGCGCGGUGUGUCACAUCAACCUGGAAGGCCAACCUUUCUACUCCAAGAAGGACAAACCUUUGUGCAAGAAGCAUGCUCACGCCAUCAACGUGUAACCUAGCAACCACACGCCAUCAACGUGUAACCUAGCAACCACACGCCAUCAACGUGUAACCUAGCAACCACACGCCAUCAACGUGUAGUCUAGCAACCACACGCCAUCAACCUGUAACCUAGCAACCACACGCAAUCAACCUGUAACCUAGCAACCACACGCCAUCAACGUGUAACCUAGCAACCACACACAUCAACCUGUAACCUGGCAACCACAUGCCAUCAACCUGUAACCUAGCAACCACACACAUCAACCUGUAACCUGGCAACCACAAGCCAUUAACGUGUAACCUAGCAACCACACACAUCAACGUGUAACCUGGCAACCACACACCAUCAACGUGUAACCUAGCAACCACACACAUCAACGUGUAACCUAGCAACCGUACGCCAUCAACGUGUAACCUGGCAACCACACGCCAUCAACGUGUAACCUAGCAACCGUACGCCAUCAACGUGUAACCUAGCAACCACACGCCAUCAACGUGUAACCUAGGAACCACACACAUCAACAUGUAACCUGGCAACCACACGCCAUCAACGUGUAACCUAGCAACCGCACACAUCAACGUGUAACCUAGCAACCGUACGCCAUCAACAUGUAACCUAGCAACCACACACAUCAACGUGUAACCUAGCAACCGUACGCCAUCAACGUGUAACCUAGCAACCGUACGCCAUCAACAUGUAACCUUGCAACCACACGCCAUCAACCUGUAACCUAGCAACCACACACAUCAACGUGUAACCUAGCAACCGCACGCCAUCAACGUGUAACCUAGCAACCACACACAUCAACAUGUAAACUAGCAACCACACACAUCAACGUGUAACCCAGCAACCACACACAUCAACGUGUAGUCUAGCAACCGUACGCCAUCAACGUGUAACCUGGCAACUACACGCCAUCAACGUGUAACCUAGCAACCGUACGCCAUCAACGUGUAACCUAGCAACCGUACGCCAUCAACGUGUAACCUAGCAACCGUACGCCAUCAACGUGUAACCUGGCAACCACACGCCAUCAACGUGUAACCUGGCAACUACACGCCAUCAACGUGUAACCUAGCAACCGUA